AUGAACCAAUCAGAUGAAGAAAAAGAGCAGCUUCUGAAGAAACUCGACGAGUUCCAUGCGGGGAAUCACUCCUCCGAGAGAGAUGAUUUUGAUCAUAAGGUUUUUCGUUCACUUUUCAAACAAUUUUUGACUGAGGAUGCUCAUAUCGAUUGGAAUAGCUGGAAGUUUAUUUCAGAAGAUGUUCAGAAAAACUUGAAGGAUCUUCCGUCAUAUACGGAUGAAUACAAAAGCCUCUUAGAUCGGUUAGUUGUAAUCAAACUGAAUGGAGGUUUGGGAACAACAAUGGGAUGUAGUGGCCCCAAGUCUUUGAUCGAAGUUAAGGAUGGUAAAACUUUCCUGGAUAUCGCAAUUAAUCAGCAAGAACUUUUCAAUAAGAAAUACGAAUGCCAUGUACCUCUCUAUCUUAUGAACUCAUUCUAUACAGAGGAAGCUACAAAAGAAAAGCUGCCAGCUUGGGUUCGAACUUUUGUUCAAUCUAAAUGCCCUCGCAUUGAUGCUGAAAGUCUUUUACCUCUCGAGGAAGAGUUUGGGGAAAACAAAUGGUAUCCACCUGGUCACGGUAACAUUUUCGCUUCUCUAAGCUUCUCUGGUAUUCUUGAUGAGCUGAUAGCAGAAGGUCGGGAUAUAAUGUUUGUUUCCAAUAUCGACAACACGGGUGCGUGCUUGAACCUGAGCAUUGCCAGAUGGUUUGCUGAUGUCAAAGCUGACUAUCUCAUGGAAUGUACCAAAAAAACUGAGUUGGAUAUCAAGGGUGGAACAUUGAUUGAUAUCAAUGGACAGCUUAUGCACUUGGAAAUUCCUCAGGUUCCACCAGAGCAUUUGGACGAGUUCUGUUCAACAAAAACUUUCAAGAUCUUCAACACCAACAAUAUUUGGGUUAAUUUACGAUCAGUAAAACAACAAUUGGAGAGUAUAAAGAGUGAAAUAAUCGUAAAUAAAAAGAACGUACAAGGCAGAAACGUUAUACAGUUGGAGACAUCUAUCGGCGGCUGUAUUCGAAACUUUCCCAAGGCAUACUGUGUCCACGUGGAGAGAAAUAGGUUCAUACCAGUUAAAAAAACAGAAGAUUUGCUUGCUAUCCGUACUUCCUUGUACGGCUUUGAGAGUGAUGGAACACCUAAACUGGAGAGAGAUCAAUAA